UUUUAAUAUCAGUGUGGAGUUGUGGCCGUUAUCGUCGAUUAUAGUAUAAUUGAAAAUUAUUUUUCUAUUUUAGUAGCUUUUAUAUACGUUAAUGUUAAAUUUCUUACCUUAAGCGUAAAUUUUUGUUUUCAGUUUACGAUGGCACCUCCAAGUUGGGCGUAUCAAGUGGAAAAUUUUGAUCCUCCUGCUGAUGAAGAACUUAUAUGCAGCAUAUGUCGUGCUAUUUUUUGUGAUCCUGUGCAAUGUCCUUGCAAUCAUGUCUUCUGUAGAGCUUGCAUUACUAAAUGGCUUCAAACCAAUAAGAAUUGUCCUGUGUGUCGUAAGAGAGCUACGAGAUCAUCUAUUCAAGAUGUUGUUCCUCUGAUAAAAAAUAUGAUAUUGAAGUUAAUUUUAAGAUGCAAAAAUUCCGAAAAUGGCUGUGAUGAAAAAUUUAGCCUUGAAGCAUGUGAAACUCAUAUGAGAGCAUGUUUGUAUCAAAUGGUUAAAUGUAAGAAUCCAUCGUGUCCAGAACAUCUUUUAAGGAAAGAAAUUGAGGAUCAUGAACGUGACAAAUGUUUAUUUCGUUGUUUUAAAUGCUCAACCUGCAGUUUGAAUAUUUCUAAAUUAACACCUAGAAAACAUAGUUGUGUCAAAGAUUUACAGAAAGUUAUUAAAGAAAAGAACCAAGUCAUCAAGCUGCAAGAGGAACGAAUUCAGCAACUGAUGGCUGAAAAUAAAUCUCUCAAAGACGCUGAAAGAGAUUCAGACACUUCUUCUGGAAGUAUUUCAACCACUGAUAUCAUGAUUAGUGUUGCAGAUAUGCCGACAUUUACGAGUGAUUCUAGUUUAACUGUUAGUGAAUCUGAAGAUAACAACGAUGAUAACUUUCGCGAAUGGUUUAGUUUUAAUACGUUUGAUGAUUCUAGCUCAGCAACUCGCAAUACAGAACAAUUAGAAGAGGAAUCUCGUGGAGACGGAAAUGAUUCUCCAGCGUUAAACGUAUCAGUAAAUGUCGACACAUCUGAGCAGUCUACCAACCUGGAACAAGAUUUGUGGGGCAGCAUAGAGAAUCCUAGAUGUGCCAGCACAUUAUUUGAUAGUAGUGAACCAUUUUUUAAUGUUGUUGAGUCUGCUUUGCCAGAAGAUGAUGAUUCUCCUACGAUAAGAAGACCUAAUAAGCGUCGUUAUACAUCACAACUCUUGAGUAGCUCUGAUGUUGAUGUAAGUGAUGACGAUUUGCCAGCCUUAAUAUCUUCUAAAAAAUGCUGGAGAUUGAGUCCCCUUAUAACGCAAUCUCCCCCUAAUAAUACAACCGCUGAACCCAAUUUAUUGACUAAUAAUCAAACAUCUAAUUCUUUUAUGGAGGCUGGCCCAAGUUUUCGAAGUAAUCCUCUUGUAGGUGCUAGUGAAAGCUCUACUUCAGCUUCAAGAACUAGGUUAACUAGAUCUAAACUAAGAGCAAAAUUUAGCAAAAAGAAUGCAAAUGAUGUUUCAACUGCGCCAGCAACAGAUAAUCUGAACUCCACAAACAGAAGACCUAUCUUUAGACGAACUAUGAAAUUGUUAGAACGGUACAAUCUUGACUCAGAUCCUGAAUGGACUCCCAAAUUUUCUAGCCACGGAGGAAAUGACACGACUUCGGAUUCUGAUGAGAGUGUUGCUAUGCCUCCAUUCUUGGAAAGUUCAGAUGAUUCUUCCUGGAGCAAUGAUUAUCUGGAGGAAUCGGGUGAAACGUCUGAAGAAAGUGCACAUACAGAUGAUUAUACAUCACGUUUAAGGCCUGUUCUAAACCCAUGCCCUACCACAAGUCCCCUCAGUCAACGAUGCGCUUUUAUGCUUUUUAGCCAGAACAUGGAAAGUAGUGACGAUGAUGAUGAAGAAUGGCGUCCAAGCUGAAAAAGUCUACUGAAGAAGAUAAAAAGGAAUUCAUUUGAUUUUGGAAAAAUUCAAAUUUAUUUUAUGAUAAAAGUGUUUUAGCACAAUCUUUCUGUUUAAUUUAUCCAACAAUUUCAUUUGGUUUUAUUUGCUGUUUAAAAUUUUGCUUUAA